UUAAAGAAAUGUUGUAUUCCGCCCAGGAUCAGGCCCCAUCGAUUGAAGUCACAGAUGAAGACACCGUCAAGAGAUACUAUGCCAAGUUUGAGGAGAAGUUCUUCCAAACGUGUGAGAAGGAGCUGGCCAAAAUCAACACUUUUUAUUCUGAGAAGCUUGCAGAAGCACAGCGGCGUUUCGCCACACUGCAGAAUGAGCUGCAGUCCUCUCUGGAUGCACAGCGGGAGAGCAGCCGAGCUUCAGGUCUGCGCCACCGUCGCACUGUCUUCCACCUGUCGCAACAGGAACGCUGCAAACAUCGCAAUAUCAAAGACCUGCAGCUGGCCUUCAGUGAGUUCUACCUCAGCCUCAUCCUGCUGCAGAACUACCAGAAUCUAAACUUCACAGGUUUUCGGAAGAUUUUAAAGAAACAUGACAAGAUCUUUGAGACUUCUCGAGGCGCAGAUUGGCGCGUGGCCCAUGUCGAAGUGGCUCCUUUUUACACCUGUAAAAAGAUCACACAGCUUAUCUCUGAAACUGAGACUCUUGUUACCACAGAGCUGGAAGGAGGUGACCGACAGAAAGCCAUGAAAAGGCUCCGAGUUCCUCCACUGGGAGCUGCGCAGCCUGCACCAGCAUGGACCACUUUUAGAGUAGGACUGUACUGCGGUGUUUUCGUCGCUUUAACAGUGACCGUCAUCAUCGCAGGUGUGGUGAAACUGGUUGAACACCUAGACGAUAAGACGGACGUGUGGCCCUUAAUAAGAAUUUAUCGGGGGGGUUUCCUGCUCAUCGAGUUUCUUUUCUUGUUGGGCAUUAACACAUAUGGCUGGAGGCAGGCUGGCGUGAACCACGUUUUAAUAUUUGAGCUCAACCCCCGCAACAACCUGUCUCAUCAACAUCUGUUUGAGAUUGCUGGUUUCCUUGGAGUUCUCUGGUGUGUCAGUAUUCUGUCCUGCCUCUUCGCAGAAAACACAUUGAUCCCUAUACAUGUGAACCCUCUAGCUCUAUAUGGGUUCUUCUUCCUCUUCCUCAUCAAUCCCUUAAAAACCUGCUACUACAAGUCUCGCUUCUGGCUACUCAAGUUACUGUUUCGAGUGGUCACUGCUCCAUUUCACAGAGUGGGCUUUGCAGAUUUCUGGCUGGCUGACCAGCUCAACUCUUUAGUAGUUGUUCUGAUGGACCUGGAGUACAUGAUCUGCUUCUACAGUUUGGAGCUGAACUGGACCAAGUCCGAGGGAGAGCUGUGGAUUAAAGAGGGGCAACGAAUUUGUUACUCGUAUUCAUAUGGAGUGCGAGCUGUAAUCCAGUGUUUGCCUGCCUGGUUCCGCUUUGUGCAAUGCCUGAGACGUUACCGGGACACAAAGCGUGCCUUCCCUCACCUGGUCAACGCUGGCAAAUACUCCACUACUUUCUUUGUAGUCAUCUUUGCGGCGCUCUUUAAGACGCAUUCAGGAGACGAACGCUUUGUCUUCCUUUACAUCAUGAUAGCCUGCAGAAUUGUUAACUCCUGCUACACCUUAUUGUGGGACCUGAAGAUGGACUGGGGUCUGUUUGAUCGAAACGCAGGGGAAAACACCCUCCUCAGAGAGGAGAUUGUAUAUCCACAGAAAGCUUACUAUUACUGUGCCAUAGUAGAAGACAUUAUCUUGCGCUUUGCGUGGACCAUUCCACUUUCUCUUGAAGUUGUCUUUGAUCAUCCUGUUAUUUCUAAUGUUUUGGGCACUGUUCUCCCACCGCUGGAGGUCUUCAGGCGCUUUGUUUGGAACUUCUUCCGUCUGGAGAACGAACACCUGAAUAACUGUGGUGAGUUCAGAGCGGUCCGGGACAUCUCGGUGGCACCUCUGAACGCCGAUGACCAGACGCUGCUGGAACAGAUGAUGGACCAGGAGGACGGUGUGAGGAACAGACUAGGAAAGAAGAACUGGAAGAGGAGCUACAGCAUGUCCUUGAGACGACCGCGGCUCUCCUCCCAGUCGAAGGUCCGAGACACCAAAGUCCUGAUCGAGGACACCGAUGACGACACCUGACCCCGGCGUCCUCUGUGGCUCGAGAAAAUGUUUUUUAAAGGACCACCAUAGACCUCCAUGAGCCUUGACUCUUCAGAAGCUAUUCAAUCAAUCCAUCACAAAGCUGCCUGACUUACACACACAUUUCACACUGACGCGCCACUUAGUUACUGUACUGUUUUUCAUUCCUUCGCUACCGCCUUGAGCAUUUUUGUGACGAUCCAGUAAGCGGAAGACACAAAAAAUGAAUUCAAAGGACGGUGUGUAGAAAAACGUCACAAACAUGACGGGACGGCGCUUGUUUUAAUCAAACACCUGACUGUGUACGCGCCAUCGGAACAGACGUGAUCAAUCGCUCACUUUGGAUACUUUGACUUUUACGACUAGUCGACGACGAGAUAUUUACGACGAGUAUGAAGACGUUCAUAUAGUGACACGUGAACUGCUUUACCCUCAUUCAUUCGAUUUAUACUUUUUUUUUUGUUUUGAAUGUACAUUUCAUUGUUAUUUAUGUGAAGGAGAGAUGCCUUGAACGUUGCUUUAAAGAAAAUCUUUUAGAUAAACAAACAAGGAUAUUUACCUUGGACCUUUCGACCAAACCCUCAGGUGGAUCUGAAGGACAUUUAUGAUUACUUUUCCAGUCGUUAGCCUUUUUCAAUACAAACCGCUCUAAAAUGCCAAAUGGGAAUUUAUGCCUGUGUUUGUUCCUUCUCGUGUCUUAAAAUAGUUUUGAAGAGGUGCUGCUUUGUAGACCCUUUGCUUUAAAAGUGUCAUGCUCACAUUAAGAGCAAGCCAAAUAUCUGAAGCAUUCCUUGAAAACAUUUCACUAUAAAGCUGAAAACUCCAUUUGUUUUUACGUUUUAAACACACACAGACGUUAUCAACCAUCACAUUCCACUGAAGUAGCAUUCCUCAUGUGCGAUCUUGAUUUCUUUUUAUUUAUUUUUGUCGAUCAGUGUCUUCCAGAGCAAUUCAGGCCACCUGAGGGUUCCAGAGGUUCAAAACGGCACCUUUUUCUCUUUUUAUUUUUUGGUCGGCUUCUCCUGAUACACAAAGCUCAACGAGUUUCUGUGGGAAUUGUUCGUAAAACUUGUGCAAAAUCACAUUCAAUUUAACGUGAUCGAUUAUGCAAGCGUGGUUUUCUGAAUGGUUCUUCCCAGGUAGUUCUCAUACGUUUUGAUCAGAAGUGUGUUCUUGUACCUCAACAGGAGAUUCGUUCAACUACAUUGCAAUACUCAAAAGACUCUCAGCGGCUACACCUCACAUACUCUGUCAUGUACUACUGUCCCAAGUCAAUUCUUGGACCAAAAUAAAAAGAAAAUCUGUUUCUGUUCUC